CGAGAGAGAGAAAACGGGAAACUUUUUGCCCUAGCUGGGACAUUGGGUCAGUUUCAUUUGGUUCUGUUGUUAAUGAAGAAUUUGAGUUCACCUCUAGUUGGUGGCAUCUCGACUCACCUGACUACAGAAUAAAGACGUCUCAGAGACGGAUAAUACAGUACUGGACUGAGGUGGAUUAUUGUCUGACUGUGGUGUGACGUUGUUCCUGUGAUGGGGAAGACUGGCCAGAGCACGGUGGACCUCAACUCACCCUCAGAUGUGAAGCAGGCUGUCCCAUUUGAGGACCUGGAUCACAACAGUGUUCCUGUAGAAGAGGAGAAGGAGAAUACAGUACCAGAUAGAGGAUCUUGGAAGGGAAAAUUUGACUUUCUACUGUCCUGUGUUGGAUACGCCAUUGGGCUGGGAAAUGUGUGGAGGUUCCCAUAUCUGUGCGGAAAGAAUGGUGGAGGAGCUUUUCUCAUACCAUACUUCACUACUCUGGUGUUUGCUGGAAUCCCACUGUUUCUGCUGGAGACGGCAUUAGGACAGUACACAUCAGUGGGGGGGCUAGGAGUGUGGAAAUUAAUACCCAUGAUGAAAGGUGUGGGUCUGGCUGCUGUAGUUUUGUCCUUCUGGCUCAACAUCUAUUACAUCAUCAUCAUCGCCUGGGCUCUGUACUACCUCUUCAACUCUUUCAAAGCAGAGUUACCAUGGCAAACUUGUGAUAACCCUUGGAACACUGAUCGCUGCUUUUCCAACUACAGUCUGAUGGACACCACCAACCUGACCAGUGCCGUCACUGAGUUCUGGGAGAGGAACAUGCAUCAGUUAACAAAAGGUUUGGAGGAACCAGGGGAAUUGCGCUGGCCGUUGGUUGGAACAUUAGCAUUGUCUUGGAUUCUUGUCUAUUUCUCAAUCUGGAAAGGAGUGGAGUGGACGGGGAAGGUGGUGUAUUUCUCCGCCACGUAUCCUUACUUCAUGCUCUUUAUUCUGUUUUUCCGUGGAGUCACUCUCCCUGGAGCGUUAGACGGCGUCCUCUUCUAUGUCACCCCAGACUUCAACAAGCUAUUGAAAUCUGAGGUGUGGUUGGAUGCUGCCACUCAGAUCUUCUUCUCUUAUGGUCUGGGUUUAGGUUCUCUCAUUGCUCUGGGCAGCUACAACUCCUACAACAAUAAUGUCUACAGAGAUUCUAUCAUUGUGUGCUGUAUUAACUCCUGCACCAGUAUGUUUGCUGGGAUCGUCAUAUUUUCCAUUGUGGGCUUCAUGUCAUACAUCACAAAGAGACCCAUUGAAGAACUGGCUGCUUCAGGUCCUGGUUUGGCAUUUCUGGCCUAUCCGCAAGCUGUCACACAGCUUCCCAUGUCUUCACUCUGGGCUAUUCUCUUCUUCUCAAUGCUCAUGAUGCUGGGAUUGGACAGUCAGUUUUGUACAGUGGAAGGCUUCAUAACAGCUCUAAUGGAUGAAUAUCCCACAGUCCUGAGGAAGAGAAAGAAACUGUUCAUCCUCAUUGUCUGUAUUAUAUCCUUUGUCAUUGGUUUCUCCAGCAUCACCCAGGGCGGCUUAUAUGUGUUUAAAUUGUUUGACUACUAUUCGGCCAGUGGAAUGUGUCUCCUGUUCCUGGUCUUCUUUGAGACAAUCUCCAUUUCCUGGUUCUAUGGCGCAGAUAAAUUCUAUGAAAAUAUUGAAGAUAUGAUUGGUUAUCAGCCUUGUGGCUUUUGGAAAUAUUGCUGGAUUUACUUUACUCCAAUAAUCUGCUUGGGUGUUUUCACAUUCAGUGCAAUAGAAAUGACUCCUCUGACACUAGGGAAGUAUGUGUACCCGACCUGGGGUCAGGGCAUCGGCUGGUUAAUGUCCCUCUCUUCCAUGAUUUUAAUACCCGGUUACGUCAUCUAUAUGUUCUUCUCUACCAAAGGCAGCAUCCGACAGCGUUGGCAUAAGAUGACCGAACCCACUGAGCUCACAACCUCGGAAACCAAUGAUCCCACACAACAAUCCACACAGACAUCAAGUACAGAUGAAGCUUCUGUCUGAGAUUGUGCAAUGGACAUUAAAGACCAGCGGAAAAAUAACUUUUCCUCCCAUACUUUUUGUCUCUUGGAGAGUCUACAACAGAUGGAAGUGGACUAUACACAUGUUCGUCUGACUGUUUUUCUCCCAUUUUAUUUCCGUACAUGCCUCUCUGAUGUUGCAUAAUGUAAUGUGAGGGGUUGCAGUACUUGUGUCUGUCUUCAGUGGAGAAUGCAAUUUCAGUGACUGACAAUUUCAGUGAUCAGUAUAAAUCUAGAUCCAGUCCAGGCAGUUGAUUGGAAGGUCUACAUAACUGUUGCAUACCUGUUUUAUAUAAAAUUUCUCACAGUAUUUACCUCAAGAUGGUGAGUGAAUGCAUGUGUUUAGUGGUGUGUUUCUCUUGAUUUCAGCAUUAUAGUGGCUAAUUUUGAAGGCCACGUAUGAUUG